AGAGGAGGCCGCGCGGGCGCCGGGGCCUCGCGCCGGGGGCGCCCCCCGGGGCUUCCCCCUCGCCGCCCCCGUCCCCGCCCGAGGAGAAGCCGCGCGGCCACGGGGGCCUCCGCCGAGGAAUAAUAAUGGAUGACAUACUGACACGAUUAAAGAAACUAUCUCCUGAUGAGCUCAGAGAAGAAAUUGUCAAAGCUGGACAGAAAUGUGGGCCCAUUACACUAACCACCAGAUCCAUUUUUGAAAAAAGAUUGGCACAGACAUUAUUGGAACAGCAAGGGGGAUUAGAGGCAGAAACUCCCAUUUUUAAUGGUGUACCUGGACCUGGUGCACCUGAUGCCAGCCAACCCGACAUCAAAAAACCCUCAGGAAAUCAAAAUGGUCACAUUAGCGCCUCUGAGGAUAGUGAUUUUGGGUACAGCAUGGGCUUGAACCCACCCGAAGAGGAAGCCCUGAUGCACAAGACGGAGGUUGACGCUCUCAAUUCUCGGACUCCAUCUAAGGAACCUCUGCUGUACUAUGGUGUAUGUCCGGUUUAUGAUGAUAUAUUGGCAAGAAAUGAGAGGGUACAUGUGUAUGAGGAUAAAAAGGAAGCAUUGCAAGCUGUUAAAAUGAUAAAAGGUUCACGAUUUAAAGCUUUCACAAAUAGGGAAGAUGCAGAGAAAUUUGCCAAAGGGAUAUGCGAUUACAUUCCAUCACCAAACAAGCCUCCAUUAUCUCUGUCUCCUGUGAAAAGUUCAGUAUUCAGUAGAGAUGGCUCAUGCUCUCCUGAGGUUGAAACAGUUAAUAAAGAGAGAGCCAACAGUUAUAAAAGUCCUCGUACACAGGAUCUUACUGCCAAACUCCGGAAAGCUGUUGAGAAAGGAGAUGAAGUGGCUUUCUUGGAACUUAUCUGGAGUAAUCCUCGCUAUCUCAUUGGCUCUGGAGACAACCCAACGAUUGUGCAGGAAGGCUGCAGAUAUAAUGUACUGCAUGUUGCGGCCAAACAGGACCAACCGGGAAUUUGCAGCUCGCUGCUGGACACUUUGGAAAAGCCAGAAUUUAUGCGACUGAUGUAUCCUGACGAUGACAUGACAAUGUUACAGAAGCGUAUCAGAUACAUCGUUGACCUGUAUCUCAACACGCCAGAUAAAAUCGGAUUUGAUACACCACUGCAUUUUGCAUGCAAAUUUGGGAACUCAGAUGUAGUUCGCGUCCUUGCUUCGCACCCAGACAUUGUAAAGAAUCCAAGGAACAAGUAUGACCAAACGCCAGCAGAAGUAAUUUGUGAAAGGAGCAAAAAUAAAUCUGUGGAACUGAAAGAAAAAAUCAGGGAAUGUUUGGAAGGUCAGUAUUAUGUGCCGUUGUUCAGAGCAGAAGAUAAUGCCUCAGCACCUGUGAUUGGAUCACCUUGGUCACCUGACCAGACAGACGCUGGCCCACAUGCUGCCUUACCCAGAUACUUCGUCAGCCCCAAAGAGCCUGUGUUGUCUUUGAGGGCUUACGCAGGCCCAAUGAGCCCUUCCAAGGCAGAAGAGUUCCGUCGGCUUUGGAAGACUCCUCCUCGGGAAAGAGCAGGAUUUUUUCAGAAUCUCAGAAAAACUGAUCUUGAAAGAGGAGUUGAAAGAGCUGGAAGGGAGUUAGCUCAUGAACAGGGGUUCCCGUGGGUAGAAUACUGGGAAUUUCUGGGCUGUUUUGUUGAUCUGUCUUCCCAGGAGGGGUUACAAAAGCUAGAAGAAUACCUGAGUCAACAAGAAAUUAGCGAUAAGGUUCAACAAGAAACAGGGGAGAAUGAAACACACAACAGAUACAAAUCCCCACAGCUUUCAGGCAAAAGUAAAAAAAGUUGCAAUUCCAUCUCUGUGGGAGCAUUUCUUGAGGAGGAUGAUAUGAGUCUAGAAGAAGUGAAAAACAGGCAGAAUGCUGCCAGAAAUUAUAAUCGAGCAAUGGCAGCAAUUGAACCAACCAUCAGUGACAUUGGAAGCUCAGAGUGCGACAUCCUAACCAUUGGAAGGACUGACAGCAUAAUGCAAGCUGCUGAAGCCCCCAGCCGGCACUCAGAGAAAGGCGCCGCUGCUAGUAAAAAUGGAUUUUGUAGCUCUGAGACCAGCGAUAGGACAAUAAGUUCUCAUAGGAGGCAUCCGAGCCAAGGAGAAGAGUGCCUUCAGUCUUCGGUCACCAAUUUAAUGGAAGAAUUUGAGAAACUGUCCUUUCCCAGUCAGACAGUGCCACCGAGCCCAACUGCCACAAAAAGCAAGUCUGAGAGCGGGCAGGCGGAAAGUACGAGGCAGCUUAGAAAAUGCAUGGAUCAUCUGACUAAGACAUGCUUGCCGCUUCCUAAGGGAGGCGCGAAUUCUGGAAAGACUGAAGAUAAAAAAAUAAGGACAGAAGGAAAACCACAACUAGAUGGGGGGACCCAAUCAGCAGGAACCGGCAUUUGGGAUGGGGAGACAGAGCAGUCUUGCAAUUCUGAACUGCAUCCUGAAUUGUCCACACUAAAGACCCAAUCCUCAAAUGAGAAAGCCAAGCAUCUCUUUAUCUUAGGGGAGCAACCUUCAAAGUUGGACAAUGACGUGUUAAUUGCAUUACAUGGGGUAGAAAUUGACCCACAAAAAUAUCCAGCUAUUUACAAGUGGAACAAGUCCAUACAGUCCUACUCAUGUUCUCAACGACAAAGCUGGUCAAGCCCAUCGCUGAAAGGAAGAUUCAAGUCACAGACUCCUUCAAGCCCAUCCAGUGGUCUAGCCAACUGUAGCCCAGGGAAGAGCAGUCCCAUGAAGUACAACACAGCUGCUGCCGGCUUCUCUUCAGAUUUUGGGAGCCCUGGGCGGUACACCCCUGCCUACGUCAACCACAUGCUGCUCUCCAAAUGGCAUCACUUCUCAGGACCGUCCACUCAUUAGAAUGUGACUCUCUAGAAUUGCAGUUAAGUAUUGAAGCGAAGGAAAAAAUAGGGUGCGGCUGCACUGGCAGGGUGUGUCCCUGGCCCUUUUAUUUAUUCUUCUUGGAAACGGGGGCUGCUUGCAGAGAACCCUUUCAUUUGAUUUACGAGAGAAUUGGUGAGAAGUAGAUUAGUGACAGUUAUGUGUUGAGUACCCUGAGCAGGAAACCUAAAACCUUUCUAAAUGGAUUGUAGAUAGACAUGACCUGUAUUGGACAGCUUCAUCAACGCCUUCUCUGCCCUCAGAGUGCUUCUCUCUCUUUACUGUAGCAAUUGUAGGCUAAAAGGAACUGAAGCAGCAAGUUUGUCAUACCAGUCUUCCAAUAGAGAUAAGUGGAAAAGAGCUGCUGUGUUUCCAAGUGCAUGUGGGUUACUACUUCAUUAAGCUCUAGCUGAAAGAGAUACGGCAAGCAAGCCAGUCAUGUCCUCUGCUUAAGACAAGCUAGUUAAGAAAAGCUAAUCAUAAAAAUGAACGAUUCUCAGUUCUUACACAAAAAGCACAUUAGCAACAACAAAGUUACCACUGGCUUUUUCUUUACCGGUUUGGUUCUCUAUGUUACAGCAUGGGAACAAAUAAUCACAAGGCUAAUCUCGUAUUUGAAAUGUGUAGAUAACAAGAGUUCCACUAUAGCACGAGAGUUUCUUAUUUUGGCAGGUGCAGGUCCUACAUUUUAGAAUAAACCAUUCCAGCUUGACCAAGUCUACAUUCUUAAUGGUUAUGUUCACUGCAAGUAUUUUUGGUACCUAUUUGUCUACUGCACGUAAUAUACAUCCUUAUAUGUAUAUUGGAGAUUAUCAUUUAGAAAGUAGGAAAGUCAAUCAUUGUAACUGGGCUUAUGUAUCAUGCGGCAAAUGGUACUUUUCAUCAGAGUGCGACGAGAACAGAGAGAGAUGUAUUACACCAACUUGAAAUAAUCACAGCCUCUGUAGCUGCUUUGGUGACUUCUUUACACCAAAUGGUAACGAGCAUUUUAUAUACCGUUCCUGCGUUUUUGAUGUUUUGGUACAAAACUCCAGAACUACACUUAAGAAUCUUCCAAUUUUAUUAGUGCCUUUUAUAACAUUUUUAUGUUUAGGUCUUCUUGAGCUUGCUUUUAACCGGUGCUGUUCCCUUCUAGAAGCACUAAUUACAUUUUAAAUUCCCAACCCUUUUGAAUGAAGUUUCUUUAUAGUAAAAAGAUGCUACAAAUGUCCAUUUAUUACUUCCUUUAUUUACUGUAGGUGGCCAAGCUACAAAUAAGUAAUCCUGGUUAGGAUGGCUCUUUCCUCCCAGGUUGAUUUAAUGGAAUUAGACAGAAGCAGCUCUUCUUGAGUGCUGCUCCCUUUUGAGAUCCAUCUUCAGAUUUUUCAUCUAUAUUGUUUUCCAGUAACUCCAGAAAAAGUAGCUGAGGGCUGUUCACACUGAAUCAGCACACUGAAGCUGGCUUCUCUUAGUGACCCAAAUAACUGGGACUGGAGUGAGAUGAUUUCCCAAAGCUAGAAAUCAGUACCUGUGAAACCCUCAUCAUGUUGUAUUGAGAAAAACCACACCAACAUUGCCGCCUGCCUAAAAGCACUACACACACCAUAUGCCUUGUAGCUUUAGAGGCACAAAGCCUUAGACGCAUACUGAAAAAAAUGACCUUAGCACUAAUUUUCUUAAACUUGCAGAUACGCUGUUCUGUUCACAUAGCAACAGCCUCUCUUGUGCAAAGUGUUCCACCAUGCAUAGAAAGCGCAUUCUUGCAUAGCCCCUGCAGAUCUCUUUUUUAAACAACAAGAUAUUUGUUAACAGUGUUUUGUUACAGCAUUUCCUCUGCUUUAAUAUUCUUGCAAUGUGCUUUCUGUAUUUAAGUGUUUCUGGAGCACAAAUUCUCAGUUUAACACUUGUCUUGUGAUGGGGGAGAGAGAGUUAAAGGGUUGGUGUUAGUAAAUAUAUUAAUGUCUAGAAUUCACAUUUGAGUCUUUUGUCAAUGUGUUCAAGUGAAUUUUUAACAAUCUUAUUAAAUUGGUUUAUUUAA